UCACGCGCUAGCGGAGCAACUGCCAUUGAAAUGCAUCUCAAUCUCUCCAUAUAUAAUAGAAGGCGAGAGGAAAUCUGGCGUAACGUUUCCAGGUGUAGGAAGUGAACAGUGCGAGUGACACUAUUGUAAAGAUGGAGUUUAUUAAAGAGGAGAGUGAAGACACGAGUGAUGCAGAAACAUGCAGAAUGAAUGAUGAAGAAACUGAGGAACAGAGAGACAUGAUGGAAGUGAAAGUGGAGUGUGAAGAACUGAAUGUAGUGGAGGAGGAUCAUCAAUAUCAGAGACCUCAGAAGGUCAUAACAGGAGAAAAGCCGUCACAGUCCGAAAGCGAUUUCUCCCAGAAAAGAACAGGAGCCAAAAAAGCACCAUUCAUCUGCCCUCAGUGUGGGAAGUGUUUCACACUCAAAGUGAACCUCAAAAGCCACAUCAAAAUUCACACCGGAGAGCGUGAUUUCACCUGUAUGCAGUGCGGCAGCAGCUUCUUCAAAAACACCGAUCUGAAGAGACACCUGCAAACACACACCGGAGAGAAGCCGUUCAGCUGCCCUCACUGCGGCAAGAGCUUCACACGCAAAGAGAGCCUGGAGAAUCACAUCCGGAUCCACACCGGAGAGAAGCCUUUCACCUGCCUGCUGUGCGCCAAGAGCUUCAUACGCAAAGGACACUUUAAGAACCACAUGCGCAUUCACUCCGGAGAGCGUCCAUUCACGUGUCACAAGUGUGGGAAGAGCUUCACGCAGGCCACCAUCCUCAAAAACCACCAGCACUCGCACUCGGGAGAGAGACCGUUCAGCUGCGGCCAGUGCGGUAAAAGCUUCAUUUCAGCGAAGCACCUGAAGAUCCACCAGAAAAUUCACCGGAAGCUUUUCUUGUGCUCUUUCUGUGGAAAGGUGUUCUCGCAGCUGGGCUACCUGAAAGAGCACCAGAAAAUACACAGCGGCGAGAAAGCUCACAUGUGCUCGGUGUGCGGGAACAGCUUCUCUAGAGCCAAAUAUCUGAAAGAGCAUCAGAAGAUCCAUACGGGAGAGAAACCCUACAAGUGCUCACAUUGUGACAAGAGCUUCAGUCAGUCAGGGAACCUGAAAAUACACGAGAGAGUUCACACCGGAGAGAAGCCGCACCACUGCCCGCCAUGUGGAAGGAGUUUCGUCACAUCCAGCGCUCUGCUGUCUCAUCGAAGGAAAUGUCGCCAAAAGUUGCCGUAGAGAGCAAGAGUCAAUAGUGUGAAAUUCAGAUGAACUGAAGUGUCAUUGUGCAAGAUCAUUUGCUUCUACAUCUCUGUGCACAGCUACAUUAAUUGUUAACAUUACAUGUUAACUGUGUAUAGUGGCAUUCAUUUCCAUCCACAUAUUUAUAUGCGAACUUUGAAAUAUUGCAAUAAAAAGUGUUGUAUGGAAACACCAAGAUGCACAUAAAUUCUAAAAAUGUGCAUAAAAAAACAUAUGAGCUCAACAGAGGCGGAUAAUUGUUUUUUCCAAUAAGAAGACAUGCGCAUAAACUAAGAUGAAAGCUACAACUGAAACACAUUUAGCGAAUAAAUCCCUCGAUGCGUAACAGAAGCUCACAUACCUUUGCCUCAACAGAGGCUGUGAUUGGAUAAGUGGACUAACCAGCGGACCAAUCGCAUCUCAGCAUCUCAAAUGUUGGUUUGGUGGCUCUGAAAUGCCUGAGCCAAAGUCUGUCAUCAGAAUGAUUUGGUUUAAUUCCCUCCAGAAGUGUCUCACGUGAGCAUCCGAAUGCAAGAGAACAUGACAGCGUUUAUUGUGUUUCAUCUGCCGCUCUGAGACGCAACUCAUUUAUGAUGCAGGAAAAAAAGAGCCAAUUGCAGCAACUUACAUUUUUAUUACUAAUAUUUUGCACCAACUUCCCAGGAAGUGACAAUUUUGUUCUCUUGAACACAUGGAAUGGAUUUUUUUUCGUAAAUGUUUUAUGCCAUACUACAAUUUUGCACAUAAGUUAAAUAGCUAAUGUUUAACAUAAGUCUAUUAUUUCUCAAUGCAUAGCCUUAACGAAUCAAGUAUAAAUGUUAGCUUGUGAGAGGAGGUGAAUGGAAAAGACCUACAGUGAGAAUAUAAGGAGAUCAGAACGGAAGCCUAACCAGUCAACAGCUGCAGUGUUGAUGAAAAUAUGAAAUAAGGAUCUUUGCAAUUUCAUUUUUGGCUGAAUAGAGUACAUUAAUAUUAUUUUCAAGAACACUAUGGUGUAGUCUUGUAUGUUAUGAAUUGAAAUGUCCAUAAAUGAGAGCAAGAUAUUGUACAGAGCUACUCAUCUAAUGAGCACAGAGGACAGAUGUACUUGAGUUCAGAAGAUGUUCAGUAUUGUUCCAACAAUGUAUCUCAGUUCUGUGGUAAUAAACCUUUUUUCCCCACAACACUCCAUCAGAUCUCUAAUUUCACCAGCAGAUACACACACUAUUGAGAAAAGAUUAAACUGCUUUAAGGUAUCCUGCAUGAAAUGCCUUCAGACUUUCUAGAAAACUUCCAUGCUUUCACCU